GCCUAAAAAUGUCAUCCUCCUUUGUUGAAAUUUCAAAAGAUUUGAUUGGUGGCCAAUUUUUGUUGCGUUUAUUCUCUUUUCUUUGCAAUUUUGCCCUUUUAAGAUUUACAGAUCCUUCAAUUUUGGGAUUUUUUAAUGUCAGGAUUAAUCUAAUUUACAAUACUAUUGGAUUCCUUUCUCGAGAACCUGUGAGAAAAUUAUGUUUAAAUUCUGAUGUUUCUUUGACUGAGUGGUAUAGUUCUGGGGGCGUGGAUAGUUUGGCCUUGGUUCGAGUCCAAAGUUUUUGUUCAGUUGGUCUAGCUAAAUUUAUUUUUUUCUCUUUGGGAUCACAUAUUAUUUUUGAGACUCGAAAAUUUUUAUACGACGCAGAAAUUUUUAUCAAGGAAUGCCCCCUCUUUUUUAUAAUUUCUAUCCAAUUUAGUUCAUUAAUCGCCAUUUUUGUCUCUACUUUUUGUUGUACUAUUUGGUUUUUAUUUUGGACUGGAUUUGAUGAACUUUCAAUUAGUAGCAAAUCAUAUCUUUUUAUACUUUUGGUGUUUAGUUUUUCUGUUUGUAUAGAACUUUUUGCCGAACCAAUUAUUAUAGAACAACUUAAAUCUGGAAGGUUUUUUUACUUUAAAUUUUUUAUUUUGCAGACUUUUGCUUACGAAUUUUUAUUUUUCAGAACAAGGAAUUAUGUAUUUAAUGGCGCAAUUUUGUUAUUGCUUCAAAAAUUUUUGACGAUUGUUAUGCUUUUGUUUAAAGUUAAUCCUUUGGUCGCUUUUAGCCUUUCUCAGGUUUUUUUUCUUAUGCCUGGGAAAAGUUGGGUCUGUCUUUGGUUCCCACCCAGUCAGUUUUUGGGCUUCCUCAUUUUUUUCAGGGCCUUGUUUUGGUUUUUGUUAAAAUUGAGGUUCUCGCUUUUGUCGACUUUUGUUUUGUUAAUCGCCUCUCUCGUCUAUUUUUACCUUUUUAUCCGUGAUAACAAAAAAAAUAUAUUCAAAAUUUACAAAACCUCAAUUUUGCAAUUUUUCAAUUUGAAAAGAUUUGAUAAAGGACGUUUAAAAUUACUUAAAGUUUAUCUUUUUCAUUCAAUUUUGAAACAAUUUCUGACGGAUGGAGCUAAUUUUUUGAUGGUUUUCUCAGGCUCUGUUCCUCUUAAAAUACAAGCUGUUUAUGAUGCAGUUGAUCGUUUAGCAAGUUUAUUUGUUCGUUUAAUUUUGCAGCCAUUUGAAGAAUCUGCAUUAAUUUAUUUUUCAAUAAAUUUAAAAAGAGAAGGAGAAAACGAGGAAAAUAAAAAAUUGCCUAAAAAUGUUUUGGAAACAUUUUUAAUUUUUACAAAAUUAAUUUUUAUUUUUGGAUUGAUAAUUUUUCCUUUUGGGGUUUCUUAUGCUAGAUUGGCUGCUUUUUUGUAUGGAGGGAAAUUAUUUAUGGAAAAUAAUGCUGACCAACUACUUUCUCUAUAUUCAAUUUAUUUGCCUAUAAUAGCUGUAAAUGGUCUUUUUGAAUGUUUUGUUUUUGCUCAAUUAAAUGCUGAAAAGGUAUUGCCCUCCAACCCUAACUAUAAGAUACCCAAAAUCCUUGAAAUUUGGUUUUUAAAUUUUUAUGCCCACAAAAAAAGUUGCGGACAUCUGCAACUCUUUUACGGACAUAAAAGUCUACAAAGUUUCUGCACAAAGCCCUUUCAAACCCCUCGUCAACCCGAGACAGGAAAAGUUUUCAUGGGGGAAUGUUUUUUGGUUUUACUUCAUGCAAAAUUUUUCUCAUUUUCUGUUUUUGUUCAUCUUUUUUUAAAUUAUUUUCUUUCAAAUUAUUUGGGUGUUAAAGGCUUUAUAAUUGCAAAUAUAUUGAAUUAUUUGGCUAGAAUUUGGUUUAAUUGGAGAUUUAUUUGUGUUGCUGUACAAAAGGGGGAAAGGUGGAGGAAAAUGUUGCCUAGCAAAAAUUUAUUAUUGGCACUUCUUACAGCGUGGAUUGUUCUUUUUACUUCUUCAUUUAUAUUCUACUGGCAAAUGACCUUUCUUUCACAAUUUACCCAUGUUUUUGUCGGAUGUUUAAUGCUUUUAUUGAUUGGAUUUGUUUAUGUGAAGAACGAUUUUGUUGAGUUUAAAAUGUUUAAUUUAAAAGAUAAAUAG